AUGCAGGGAGAGAGGGCAAGUCUCGGCUAUUUAUCAGAGGCCUUGAACUUUGAGCAUGAUUCGACCUCAAGCAAUGGUGUGAUAGGUCAUUGGGAGAAUAUUCACAGUCUUGGUGAUAACGACUUGCAGGAUUACAUGAUUGCAAACUCUGAAUCAAGUGCGUCACUUGCAAACUCGGUUUAUCGCGAGCAACAUGAUUUAAACCGAUUUAGCCUCGGCGAGGCUAGCUCUAGUGGCACGAAGAACGAAGCUUCAACUCAUCAUGAGCAACGGAGAAACGAAAUAAUCGAUUUGGACCCCGAGUUUGAAGAACCAUCUGCCGCGAAUCAACCUAUUCAAUGUGUCAAUCUGAAUGCAGAAUAUAUUGAAAUUCACGACGAUAUUAGUCCGGUUAGGGAUCGGUUUGAAGCUAACGGACCAGUGGCUUUACAACCUCUCGAAGAAAAUAGUGUUAGAACAAGUUCUUCUGUAGAGGGACGACGUGCUUCCUGCAAGAGAAAGGCUCUUGAAGGUAGUAUUGGUCAAUCUUCUUCUUCAGGAGGUUAUCGUGAUUACCACCACGGAGAAAGCAGUUCUUGGAACCAAACUUCUACGGGUUAUAGGCGUGGAAAUGGUUUAAACAUAUCUGGCUCUCUUGAUCAUGGCCUGGUCUCUGGUACUGUUUCUGCAACUGCAGAGAGCUCAAGUAGGAGAACAUGUGUGAGGAGUAAUCUAUCAGAUCAGCAAGAAACUCUAAACCCAUCCGCCUUUUCUGCAGGAACUGUUGUCAGGCGACCUGUAGUGGCACCGUCCCAGUCGAACUUAUCAAGACUUCUACCACCAGCAGAUCAACAUAUGUUGGACUUGAGACAUGGACAAUCUUUAGGCAAUGUCUUUACUCGUAACCUGAGUCCUUCUCCAGCUAUCAGCAUACCACCUGUUUCUAGGAAUAUGCUACCGCCGUUUCAAUGGACCGAGGGAUCAUCACUAGCGGGUGGUUCAUCGAGCUCUACUGUGCCCGUUCAUCUAGAUGAAACCAGAUCAAGAAACAUUAUAGAGAGCCCCUUGUUUGUUCCAGCUCCUGAACUCAGGAACUUGUCCCGUAGUAGCCGAAACACAACUAGUGGAAACCUGAAUGUUGCAUCAUCAUCAGUGUCCAGGACAGGCUCAGCCACAACUGUUCAACCGCCAUCUUCUAAUAAUCUAACGUGGACUACUUACCAGAAUCUACCGCAUCAUCAAAGAAGAAGAUCAGAAAUUGUCCGUAGGUCAUUAAUUUCUUCCUUAGCUGUAGAUGCUACAAACCAGAGAUCCGGUGACCAUCCAACACUUCGUUCGUUGGCUCCUCCUGCCUCUCCGGAUGGGCUUGUGCUUCAGCCUGGUGGUGAUAAUAGUCAGACGCAUAAUCGUGCUUACUCGAGAGCAGGUCCGUGGCUUGAUAGGCAAGGUGGUGAUAGUGUGGCUGGGCUUCCUCAAUCUUUACGGGCCUUUGCAGCUGCAAGCAGAGGAAGAAGCAGACAUAUGAUGUCUCAGAUGCAGAGUGUAUUGGAUGCAAUGCGUAGGGAUCCUAAUAAUACCAUGCGGCUUGAGGACUUUAUGCUUCUAAAUCCUUCUGUGAUAUUUGAUGGUGCUGCUGGUAUGCAUGACCGUUAUAGAGACAUGCGACUUGAUGUAGACAACAUGUCAUAUGAGGAAUUGUUGGCUCUAGAAGAGCGUAUUGGAGAUGUUUGUACCGGUGUAAACGAAGAAACAAUAUCAAACCGGUUGAAGCAGAGGAAAUACAAAUGUAGCACAAAGUCUCCACAUGAUGCAGAGCCAUGCUGUAUUUGUCAGGAGGAAUAUACUGAAGGAGAAGACAUGGGGACACUUGAAUGUGGUCAUGAGUUCCAUAGCCAAUGCAUAAAAGAAUGGUUGAAACAGAAGAAUAUUUGCCCAAUCUGCAAGACAACAGGCUUGAACACAGCUAAGAAGAGGAAAAUAGGAUGA